AUGUCCAAGAAUGCAACUUCUUUUCCCACUGCAUUGGUUUGCAGGAAAUCAAUAGCAAGGAAACAAUCAUCACUUUCGGAACCACCAAAGAGCAUUUUCAAAUGCAAAAGAACGCAGUCAAGAUUUCGUGGUCUCCGUGGUGCUUUGCAAAAAGGAGCUGUAAGUUCUAAAUUGACUGGAAUUUGCUUAUUCAGUUCAACAGCUUUAGUUUCUGAAUUGUGCAGCCAAUCAAAGCGAGGUCCUCUCUUGAUGUUACAUGGAAGUGAUGAAUACUUUGAUGGACGCUCAUUUUUCUCCAGCAUUCUUCAAGACUUUAUUUGCCCACUAACUGGAAAGUUGUUUGAAGAUCCAGUUACCCUAGAGAUGGGUCAAACCUUUGAACGGGUGGCCAUCAAGGAAUGGUUUGAUCAGGAAAACAGAACAUGUCCAGUAACAGGAAAAUCUUUGGAAUCUGUUUCUGUGCCACUUGCCAAUUUUGUUUUGAAGCGUUUAAUUGAUAAUUGGAGAUCAGAACAUUGUAGGCACUUGUUGUCUUUUACCUCUCGAGUAAUGGAAAACUUGGGUAGACAUGGUCUUAAACACUUGGAUGAAACUGUUAUUUUCAUAUUAGAGCAGCUUCUCACUGACAGCAGUGAGAAGGAAAAAAGAACAAAUGCCAAACAUCUUAUAUCUUGUGAGGGUGUGCAUUUUCUUCUUCAAAGGUUCGAAUUGGGAAAGUUAGAAGAGAAAUCACAUGUGGUGGCAUUCUUAUCCUGUUGUAUUGAAGCAGAUGCAAAUUGCCGAAAUCAGAUAGCAAGAAAUAUCAACAAACGGUGUCUUCUUGAGCUACUCCAGAGCAAGCAGCUUAAGUCGAGAACGAAUGCAGUGUUAUUGUUGAGUGAACUAAUUCACCUGAGAAUGUGGAAAGACGUUACUUUAUUUUUGAGUGAGUUGCAUAAUGAAGGAAUAGUGAAUAUGAUGCUUGUUCUGCUUGAGUAUCUACAGAACUGUUUAAAGGAUCAGAGACCCUUGGUUGUAGUUCUUCUGUUACACUUAGAUCUUCUUGUAGAACCUCAUAAAUGCAGCAUUUACAGAGAAGAGGCAAUUGAUGCCAUUAUAUUGGCUCUUGAAGACAGCUUAGUGGAUGAGAAGGAUGACGAAGAGCAGGCAAAUGAAGAGUGGUUGAGUAACUUGUCUGCAGCAUUGCUUAGUAAUGGGAAAAAGUCAUUCUUAGAUGCCAUUUCUAAGUGUCUUGAAGCUGGAAACCUGGACAUGGUGAGGGUCUGCCUAAUCACUGUGGCAUGGUUGAGCUGUGCAUUUUCUUCACAAUCCAAUUAUAACCUAGAGAAUGGUGAGCAGAUUGAACACAAGAUCCUCGCUUCAAUAUCUUUGCUCAAUUUCAGCAAAAUCUCAGAAUGUAAAGUCCUUUUAAUGACAAUUGCUGAAGAGAUUGCAGCUCCUCUAAAGGGUCUAAGUGAAGUAACAUGGACUGUAGCGCAGCUAUAUGUGAUUAUAUCUGAGGGAAGAUCUGAAAUCUACUAG